AUGAAGGCAACAUCCUACUCAUUAGUAUCUGUACUCUUCUCCUUGUCACAUCUCGCCGCCGCCGUAUCAAUAGACUGCGAUCACAUCCGCGUGGAUGGCAAGAAGUUUGAUCUUUCGAAGCUCGCGGGUCGACACUCCGUUAGUGUCCACGACACGUCGAGGCCGCCGGCAGAAUACAACACAACGUGGACGGUGAACCUGUGUGCGCCGCUGAAGAAGCUCGAAGGAAUAAGGGACCAGGAUCAAUGCCCGGCAGGCACGAGAGUAUGUGGCGUCGUCCGCUCGUGGAACCCGGCCGACGACCCGGAGAGAGAACACGUCGAAGUCGAGAACGUGAUCCCCGUGGCGGGAAACUUCGAGUCUAGCACGGGCGGGAGUCUCGACCCGAAGGUCUCGCGGUUAAAAGCCCAGGAUUCGAGCUCCGACGGUCUACAGAUCGAACUCAAUGGUGGAAAUUACAACCACAUGAAGCAAAAGGCAGUCAUCCAAUUACAAUGCGACAAGGACAGGACAGGCAACGAGGAGAAACGCCGGCGGAAAAGAGAGGACAAGGACGAUAAGAAAGACGGCGAUGAUAAGGCAAAACCGCCCAGCACAUCGAGUUUAGAGUUCGUGAGCUACGGCCCGGUGGAGGGCAAGGAGAAGUUGGAGGUUUUGCGGUUGAAUUGGCGCACCAAGUAUGCCUGUGAGGACUAUGCCGAUAGUGACGAGGCGAAGAAGAGCGGCUGGGGCUUCUUUACCUGGUUUAUCUUGAUUGCGUUCCUCGGCAUCGCCGCCUACCUCAUCUUUGGUUCCUGGCUGAACUACAACCGCUACGGCGCACGUGGCUGGGACCUGCUCCCUCACGGCGACACCAUCCGCGAUAUCCCCUACCUUGUCAAAGACUGGUCCCGGAAGGUGGCUGAUACAGUGGCAGGAGGAGGUUCGAGGGGCGGUUAUAGCGCUGUAUAA